UGAUGGAAGUGAAAGAGGAGAGUCAAGCUGAAGUGGAUGAGAAACAUCAGAUUGUAAAAAUAAACCAUAAUGUUUCACAGAAAGAAACUCUGAAGACAGAAGACAUAAAGUGUGAAAAUAGUUUCAGUGAAGAUGAACGCCCUGAAGAUCACAAGAGGACUCACAGUGAAGAGAAACCUUUAACAUGUCAACAGUGUGGAAAGAGUUUCAGAAGAAAAGAUAACCUUAAAGAACACAUGAGGAUUCACACUGGAGAAAAAACACACGCGUGCCAUCAGUGUGGAAAGAGUUUCACUUUUCAAUCGAACCUUAGCCGGCACAAGAAAGCUCAUAGUGGGGAAAAGCCACACGCGUGCCAGCAUUGUGAAAAGAGUUUCUCAGAUAGAAGUCAACUUAAGAGACACAUGAUGUCUCACACUGAAGAGAAACCAUUCACAUGUCAUCUGUGUGAAAAGAGUUUCAGAACAAAUCCUAACCUUAAAGCACACAUGAGGAUUCACACUGGAGAGAAACCACAUGUGUGCCAUCAGUGUGAAAAGAGUUUUAUAACUGCAGGUGAACUUAAGCAACACAUGUGGACUCACACUGGAGAGAAACCUUUCACAUGUCAACAGUGUGGAAACAGUUUCACAACAAAAGAAAGCCUUAAAAUACAUAUGAGGAUUCACACCGGACAGAAACCAUUUACGUGCCAUCAGUGUGGAAAGAGUUUCAGAAGAAAAGCUCACCUUAACAUACAUGUGAGGAUUCACACUGGAGAGAAACCAUUCAAGUGCCACCAGUGUGGAAAGAGUUUCUCCUUUCAAACAAGCCUUAUCCGGCACAUGAUAGCUCACAGUGGGGAAAAGCCACACGCGUGCCAUCACUGUGACAAGAGUUUCCCAUUGUCAAGUGAACUUAAGAUACACAUGAUGAUUCACACUGGAGAGAAACCACAUGUGUGCCAACACUGUGAAAAGAGUUUUGCAACUGCAAGUUUCCUUAACAGACAUUUGAAAGUUCACACUGGAGAGAAACCUUACACUUGUCAUCAAUGUGGAAAGAGUUUCUCUAUUGAAAGUAAUCUUAAGGUACACACAAGGAUUCACACUGGAGAGAGACCUUUCACAUGCCAUGAGUGUAAAAAGAGUUUUAUAACUGCAUGUGAACUUAAGAAACACAUGAGGUCUCACACUGGAGAGAAACCUUACACUUGUCAACAGUGUGGAAAGAGUUUCUCUAUUGAAAGUAACCUUAAGAUUCAUACAAGAACUCACACUGGAGAGAGACCUUACACAUGCCAUGAGUGUGGAAAGAGUUUCAAAACAAAAUCUGGCCUUAACACACACAUGAGAGUUCACACUUGAUAGAAACCAUUCAUGUGUCAACAGUGUGGAUAUGCCAACAACGUUUCGAAAUCAGCUGAGGUCUUAUUAAUAAAACUAUGCGUAGGAUCCUUACUAAAAGUCUACAUGCACACAAAAGCCCAAGAUGUCUGGACUUGUGUUCUUGUGGACUUCAUCAGUCUGGGCCCAAGUACUGUUCCAAUUCCAAGUUUGCAUGAAGCCAAAUACACUUAACAACCCCGGAUGUGUUCUUGAUUUGCUCAUUUUAUCGAGGAUACAUCAGGAGGUGACUUGUGUGGACUUAUGACAGCCAAGUUUUCCAGAACUUCAAAUCAGUGGUCAGUAAGUAAAGAUAGGACCUAUAUUUAAAUUCCCUCUGACAAUUUUGGAUAUGUGAGUUCAAGUUGAUCAGUGGGCAUGGUGUCGUGUACACCGCCGAGGGCAGAUUCAUCUCUGCAAGUCCUUCUGUAAUUUGCCGCUGGCUCAGUGCAUCUGCUCUGCCCUUCAGUGUCUGAUGGUCAAACAUUAAAUAUUCCCCUUGGAUAUAUAUCUGCCAUUUUUCUGUCUCUUUAUUAUUCAUAUGAAGUCUGUUAUUUGUUAUUAUUUAUUUAACUGAUGUUAAAGUUAAGUUUCAUAACUUAAAUCACAUAUAUUUUCUAUAGAAUCUUAACACUGAAUCACUGCCUUUGUA